GAACAGCUGAGUUUGAUUACAGUAUUUUCUCAAGUCAAUAGCGUUUCACGACUGCAGGAGUGAUACGGAAUGCUGUUGUCCAAUUUUGUUAGGCGUUUUGUAUCGCCUAGGUUUCACGCCUUCGGUGUACAAGGCGUGAAUGUCGUCAAAAGCGGUGUUCUCGCUAAAACUAGAGUGUUUGGUGCUGCUACCGGUUUCCACAGUUCCUGCAGAUUAACCGUGAAGAAAUUCACAGACCGUGAGAAUGAUUUUGCACAUGAAGUUUUGCAGCAACAUGCAACCGGUAAUGUUUUCAAGACAAUGCAACCUUCAGUCGUAGAUAUUGGUUCGCAGACAGACUUCGAAAGAACAUCUGAUUGGCAUCGGCUGAAUGGACAUGCUUUGUUGAAUCAAUUCGGCCAGGUGGUAGAGAUUUGUCGACGAGACGAUAUUUGCAUUUCUGAUAGUCGUUUUGAUAAAUUUGUCGAAGCGUUGGUUAGUCGCAUUCCAGAGUUCAGUGAUGAUGAACUGAAAGAAUCUCUUCGCCUGUUACACGAACUUGGUCCGACAUCAACCGUUAAUACGAGAAACUUUCUAGACAUUUGGAAAGCUCUGGACAAAGCGUGCCUCGAUCGAGUGUCCAACUGGAAAACGGAUGAGCUGCUUCACAUGGCAGACCAGUGGUAUCCGUUGCGGCUGGCCAAGAUCGGAAAAUUCGUUAACAAGGCAGUUUGGAAGACUAGCUCCCGGUUGCGGAAUUUGAGUAAAGACCAACUUGUCCGUACAGUGUUUUACAUAAAUUUGGUUCGCACACCGGUGGAGAAUAUGAUUGAUAUUGAAAUCAAUUUAAAGCAGAACUUUUUUCUAUUCGAAAUCGAUGAUGUAGCGGUGCUUUGUAUGGGAUUUUUUAAAACCGAAACACCAAUUCGGAGCGUGGAACUGAUCGAACGGAUAUACCAGCUAACUAUUCAGCAUGCUCAUGAAGUGAGAGACAUUAGUUUGACGGCUAUUCUGAAACUUUUGCGGUAUUCGUCAAGGCUUUCGAAUGUCCACUCGAUGGAAAGACUGCUGUCUGCGAUGGUUCCGGAAAUACCACGGCUGUCUCUUUUCGGUUGUCUCCAUCUUGCAUUGCUUGGAACCGAUGUUCAUCUCUGCCAUCAGCCCAGUCUGGAGAUAAUUUUCAAACGUUACCUUGCAGAAAUUAAACAACUACGACUGAAGGAUAUGGAACGGAUUGCGUUCGUUAUUGCCCAUUAUAAUAUGACGAUUCCGGGACAAGAUGAUCUAAAGCUGCUUGCAGCGAUUUUAGAUGAACUACCGAAUCGAAUACAGGAGAUAAUAACCUAUCCAAAAUGUUAUCUGGGACUGUUGAAUUUUCUUUCGAUGAAAGAUAUCUACAGUGAGGAGUUACUGAAGGCAGCAUUUGAACCGCGAUUCCUGACAUUAACCUACGGUCGCAACAUCACCACGGCAGGCAGAGAAGUUAUAGCACUGGACGCAUAUCUGCGUAUCAAUUUGUGUGACAGUUAUCGGGGUCAUUACUUCCCGGAGAAACCGUUCAAAAUUAUCGCCAAACUAAAGCAAGACUACGUACCUAGUAAAGAGUAUCGGCUAACCAAAUCGGACCGAAUGUUACUGGAGAUACAGGAGACGUUCCGAAAACAACACGAAUUUUCUCACAUCAUCCAUCUGCUGCCGCACUAUCAACGUCCGGAUGUGGUAAUGCUGUGGGACAGUCAAAAGAAACAAUUUUUGAAUGUGGGCGCGAGGUGUCCACAGCAAUACUGUGGAGAAAUUUUGACCCGGAAAUUUCUGUUGGGAAGCGAAGCGGAUAAUGCCCACCUAAGGCUUAUUGCAGUCGUUCCGGGGUCAUGGAAUUGCUACGUUCGGGAUCACAACCGUAUCACGGGCGGGUUCGCCGUGAAGUUGAAGCAACUCAACUUGAUUGGGUUUGAAACGGUUGUGAUACCUUGGCAUGAAUGGCCGAUAAAUUCGUCACACGCACAGGAGGAGUAUCUUUUCGGAAAGAUCAAUUCGGUGAUACAACGAUGAAAAAAAAUACCGGUUAGACGUUCGUAAGUAAAUUAUAUUCUCUAGUUUUCGUAGUUAACUCUUGGAGCUUAUAAAUACAAUAAUUACAAAAAAGUGAAGUACUUGUAAGGCACAUGGAAGGGGCUACGUCUAAAGA